AUGUCGCGCUCCUUCUAUGUCGACUCGCUCAUCAUCAAGGACUCCUCACGGCCCGCGCCCUCGCUUCCUGAGCCGCACCCCGGGCCAGAUUUCUUCAUCCCGCUGGGCAUGCCAUCCCCGUUGGUGAUGUCCGUGUCCGGGACGGGCUGCCCGUCCCGCAAGAGCGGCGCGUUCUGCGUUUGCCCGCUCUGCGUCACUUCGCACCUGCACUCCCCUCGGGGGCCCGCGAGCUCCAGCGGCGGGAGCGCAGGGACCGGGAGUGCCGGGGCCGGGGGUGGCGGGGCGGCGGCAGCCGCCGGGGCGUUGCCCCUGCUCAAGAGUCAGUUCUCUUCGGGUCCUGGGGACGCACAAUUUUGCCCGCGUGUGAGCCACGCGCACCAUCACCACCACCCUCCGCAGCACCACCAUCACCACCACCAGCCCCAGCAGCCCGGCUCGGCUGCAGCGGCGGCGGCUGCGGCUGCAGCGGCGGCGGCCGCGGCGGCCUUGGGGCACCCGCAGCACCACGCACCUGUCUGCACCGCCACCACCUACAACGUGGCGGACCCGCGGAGAUUCCACUGCCUCACCAUGGGGGGUUCGGACGCCAGCCAGGUACCCAAUGGCAAGAGGAUGAGGACGGCGUUCACUAGCACGCAGCUCCUGGAGCUGGAGCGGGAAUUCUCUUCCAAUAUGUACUUGUCUCGACUCCGGAGGAUCGAGAUCGCCACGUACCUGAACCUGUCAGAGAAGCAGGUGAAAAUCUGGUUUCAGAACCGCAGGGUGAAGCACAAGAAGGAAGGGAAGGGCACGCAGAGGAACAGUCACACGGGCUGCAAAUGCGUCGGCAGCCAGGCGCACUACGCGCGCUCAGAGGACGAGGACUCCUUGUCGCCGGUCUCGGCCAACGAUGACAAGGAGAUUUCCCCAUUAUGA